AUGACUUCGCGUCCUUCAGUAGAUACGUGUCAUCCAUCCUUCACAUCAAAAAUUUCAUACGCGACGGGUUUAUAUCCAACAUCGUUUACUGCUGCGGACUUUAAUGGUGAUAAUCAAACAGAUCUUGCCAUUACUAAUUCCGGUAGUAACAGUAUUAGCAUACUUCUUGCUAGUGUCAAUGGUACUUUUACAUCGACACAAACUUUCCCAACAGGAAUCGCUCCUCAGAGACUUGCUGUGGGUGAUUUUAAUGGUGACCAACGAUUAGAUAUCGUUGUUGUUAAUUCGAUAGAUAAUACAAUUAGUUUGUUACUAGGCUUCGGCAAUGGAAGUUUUCCAACACACAGAACAAUUUCAACAGGCUUGACUCCAUAUUGGAUUGCAGUCAGCGAUUUUAAUCAUGAUAACCAUGCUGAUAUAGUCGUCACUAAUUUUGCUAGUGAUAACAUCGGUGUUUAUCUUGGUGACGGCCAUGGAAACUUUUCAAUUCCAUUAAUUUUUCCAACCGGUUCGUAUCCAGUCGGAAUCGCUCUCGGUGAUUUGAAUCACGACAACCAAACAGAUCUUGCUGUAACCAGCUAUUUGAGUAAUAGUGUCAGUGUUCUGUAUGGUUAUGGUAAUGGAAGUUUUGCUAAGCAGAAGAUGUUUUCGACAGGUGGUACUUAUCCAUUUUCAAUUCUGAUCGAUGAUUUGAAUGGAGAUAAUCAGUCGGAUCUUGUCGCUGUCAACCGCGGUGACAAUACGGUUAGCAUUCUACUCAACGACGGAAAUGGAUCCUUCACAUUACAAGAGAAACUGAAUACCGGCCUAAAUCCAUAUCAAGCUGCUAUGAUUGAUUUAAAUAAUGAUAAUCGAAAAGAUCUCGUUGUUACAAAUACAUACAGUAAUGAUAUAAGUGUGUUCCUUCGUUCAAUCAAUGGUACUUUUACAUCAGAAAUGACAUUUCCAGUCGGAGAAUCACCGACAGGACUUCUUUGUCAUGAUUUCAAUAAUGAUAAUCACCCAGAUAUUGCCAUUGCCAAUAAUGCACAAACAGUUAUUAAUAUUCUAUUUAAUAUAUGUCAUUAA